AUGGCUGCUUCUGAUCACCACAAAUCUCUGCAUUUCUCCAUCUGUAUUCUCGCCAUUUCUGCUGGUUCCUUGCUGCUUCUGGUUAAUGACUAUGCCAGCUCUCCUGAUGAAGCCUUUAUUCCUGACACGGCUCUGGGCAUCGAGCUGCUCAUUAUCGCGGCCCUGCUGGCGUAUGCUGGAGUGUGUCGGGGUCUGUCUCAGAGCUCCCUGUUCACCACACUGUGUCUGACAAUCUCAGCGCUGUGGUGCGGAUCUGGACUGGUUCACAUCUUGACCGGGGAGGGUAUAAUCAGUGAGGGGAACGAGCUCCGAAAUGCCAUGAUACCCGGCCUGGCUGCGUUUACGUUGGCAUUGCUUGUGAUUUGUGUAGUAGCGGUUGUGCAGGGACAGGUGGUGCUGUGCUUUAUCGCUCUGACCAUAAGUCUGGCGUGCGCCCAUGAGAUCGCCGGUCUGGCGGAUUUAAAAUUUCGCCAGGCUGCCACAGGCGCCUGUUACCUUUUGGUCUGUUUGGUCUGUGCGUAUUUCGGUAUUGGGCGUUUGUUGUUGUAUAUCACAAGCGGUCACGUUGAACUGCCAGGGACUGGUCUGAUUGAUAAGACCAGUCAGUCGGCUCAAGGUCAAGAUGCUAACAGUGUAAUUGCUGUGGGAUUGGUAAUGAACCUGCUGUCAGCUAGCGUGCUAGCUUGUCCAGUGCUUGGUGUGGUCCCUCGGCUGUUUAUUGGUCACGUCCCGUGGCUCUGGACGGCUGGAGUCUUCCAGCUGGGGGUGUGUGUUCUGUGCUUUAGAGCUUUGGACAUCUUGGCAGCGACUUUCUUCGGCUUCACGAGCAUUUUAAAGUUGGCCGAGGGGUACAGCGCACUGGUCAAGGACCUGACCAAUCAGACGCCGUUCUCUCCCGUCCCUUUCCCUACUGUGUUCGCGGUUUUGUUUUUCAUCCUCGCGUUGUUUAGCUGCGUCAGGAGCUUACUUGAUGGUGUUUACCUGCUGUUUUUCGUCGCAUACUGUAUAGCCAUCGCCGCCCAGCCUGGAGGGUUCUUCCAGGGGGGUACGCAAGGUGUUCAAGCGGCUAUAUUUGUAGCGUCUGCCCUAAUGAUCCUGGUGACUCUUUACAACCAAGGAUCUCAAAAAAAGAUACCAACAGGUGAGGGUUUACUUAAAAGCCUUCUCGCUCGCAGCAAUCGAUUCACCCUACGCACCCAAGACAAGGACCUCCACGCCCCAUAUCUGGGCUAUUCUAAAUAUGCUGAUGCUGAAGUCCUAGGUCAUGGCUGUAGCAUGCUAGCGGCUUUUGCGAUCACAGCUAGCAUGGCCAGUCAGGAUCCUUUGACCGUUCUGAUUUUGCCCUGGGCUGUAGUUUCAGGCGGCGUCCUGCAGUUACUGUGUGGAUUAGUGGCCUUUGCCAGGGGAAAGACCCUUGAGAGUACUGCCUUUAUCUACUAUGGCAUGAUGUGGACCGUGUGGGGUCUGACACGUUUCGGUGGGCUUUACGGUGACGUCAGAGGGUUUCACGUUGCAGUGGGAAUCAUCAGCUUCAUGGUUUUUAACGUUCUGGUCGCAGGCGGGACACUUUUCCUCAACACAGCAUGGUUUGUUUACGCCGUUUGCUUCCAGCUCAUUCUCAUUAGCUUCCUGCUCGACGCUGUGGAUGCGCUACCCUACGGUUACGACAUCGGCGUCACCAUCAUUUUCGGCCUGGUCAGCUUCUACUUCUUCUUGGCCAGCUUGUUGAAUUGCACGUUCGAGACGCCACAGCUUCCAUUCGGUGAACCUCUGAUCAAGCUGAGUGGAUUUGGUGGAGGCAGAGACCGCUGUCCACACCUUCAGGCCAGGAAAUCAUCAUCCGUCAAGCAGAUCGCAGAGAUCAUGAAGAAUGGAGGAAUAUGUGGAAUGCCCACUGAUACCGUCUACGUCCUUGUGGCAGCCUGCAAUCGACCAGGUGCCGUUGAAAAAGCUUAUAAGGUGAAAAAACAGGCUCAAGAACGUCCAAUGUCCAUCUGGAUCUCCUCCAUUAAACAGCUGGAACCAGUCAGACACCAGAUAAAUCCACUGCUGUGGGACUUCAUGGAAGUUGCCUGGCCUUCGUCUAUAAGCCUGGUCAUUCCUAGAGCCCCCUGGAUGGACUCUUUUGGUUUAAAUGAAUCAUCACAAUAUAUCGGCACCCCACAAAGCAUAGCCAUCAGGAACCCAGACUGCACUGUGGCAAAUCAUCUGAUCAGCCUGGUCGGUCCCAUUGCAGUUACGUCAGCAAACCCAACAGGUGAAGCAGAUACAACUCAUCAUAACCAGGUUUAUGCCAAGCUGGGUAAUAAGGUGGACGGGGUGCUUUGUGAUGGACCCUCACCGGAAAACAUCGCCUCCACUGUGGUGGACUGCACUAAGAUCGAGAGCGGCCAGAUUGGCUUUUACAGGGUCGGACUAAUUCCUAAAUCAAAGGUCCUGGAGCUCUUUGAAAAGAUUCAGAGGAGGCAUCGACACGGACGGCUGAACGCUGGAUUCGAGACGGACAUCACAGAUUCUCUGACAAAAUCCCAGACAGAACUGCCAGAUUCAGAAACAGACUCGGGUUUAAGCCAGCCCACCCCUGCAGAAUCCCUCAGCUCAUUGGAUCUCAGCCAACAUGGCAACCAGGAUGAGAACGAUGAGGAGGGAUCUUAACUGUUGCCUAACAUCACAUGAUGAUCUUUAAUUUGUAAAAUAAUUUAUAACACUGUAAAUAAUGGCAAUAAUGGUAAAUAAUAUAAAACUUUAAAUUAUGGCAAUAAAGCAAUGUCAGUAUAAAAUACCACCACAAUAUCUAAAAAAUAUCAUGCAUCACCCACGUUACAUGCUGUGCCACAGUGCCAGUCUAAUCUACAGCGUGUUUGUUCUGUAUUUAAAAAAGUGCAGUCAUUUUUUUACAAAAAAAUUGUUAUUUAUUUAAAUUUUUUAUUCAUGUUUCAGGAACACAUGGAGGAUUGAUUUAUAGUAUCUGUGCACUUUUCACUGUAUCGUUUUAAUUUGCU